AUGCUGUCUCGUUACUCUUCACUGAUGAUCACCUUGCACGGCAACCUCAGCCGGUGCUACAAGGCCAUGAGCGCACUGCGGCCAGAUGGAGCAUCCAGGCACUUCAUGUCUGCUGGUUUCGGGCGCGUCGUUUUAGGGGUGGUGCUGGUCAUGUCCAUCUCGGCAGCUUCUUAUACAGCACCUUCGUCAUCGGCGCUUACAGAGGAAAACUUGCUUUUCCUGGAGGCUUGGCGCGCGGUUGAUCGAGCAUACUAUGACAAAUCUUUCAAUGGGCAAAGUUGGUUUAGAUACCGUGAAAAUGCCCUUCGCAAUGAACCGAUGAACACAAGGGAAGAGACAUAUGCAGCAAUCAAGAAAAUGCUUUCAACAUUGGAUGACCCAUUUACUCGUUUCUUGGAACCUGAGAAAUUGAAGAGCUUGCGGUCUGGUACGCAAGGCGCACUCACGGGUGUAGGUUUGUCGAUUGGUUACCCAAUGGCAAUUAAUGGAUCACCUUCAGGAGUUGCUGUCAUGACAGCCACCCCUGGUGGUCCUGCAGAAAAGGCGGGCAUUCUUCCUGGAGACAUCAUUUUGGCAAUUGAUGACAGAAGCACUGAAGACAUGGAUAUAUAUGAUGCCGCAGAACGCUUACAGGGCCCUGAAGGAAGUUCAGUAGAUUUGUCUAUUCGUAGUGGGACCAAUACCAGGCAUGUCGUUCUGAAGAGACAAACAGUCACUUUAAACCCAGUGAGGUCGAGGAUGUGUGAGAUUCCAGGUUCCAAAGAUAGCUCAAAGAUCGGUUACAUCAAAUUGACAACAUUUAACCAAAAUGCUGCAGAAUCUGUUAAGGAAGCCAUUAAGACAUUAAGGGACAACAAUGUUAAAUCCUUUGUGUUGGAUCUGCGGAAUAACAGUGGUGGCCUUUUUCCUGAAGGAAUUCAAAUUGCAAAGAUAUGGAUGGACAAGGGUGUUAUUGUAUAUAUAUGUGAUAGCCAAGGUGUUCGUGACAUUUAUGAGGCAGAUGGAGCUGAUACGAUUGCUGCAUCUGAACCUUUGGUUGUGCUGGUAAAUAAAGGAACUGCGAGUGCAAGUGAGAUCCUUGCUGGAGCACUGAAAGACAAUAAAAGGGCAGUCGUAUAUGGGGAACCAACAUAUGGAAAAGGGAAGAUUCAGUCAGUUUUUGGAUUAUCUGAUGGAUCUGGCCUAGCUGUAACUGUAGCACGCUAUGAAACUCCUGCGCAUACCGACAUUGACAAGGUUGGUGUGAUUCCAGACCGACCACUGCCGGCGUCGUUCCCUACAGAUGAAGAUGGCUUCUGCAGCUGCCUUAAGGAUUCGACGGCUGCUUGCAAUCUGAAUGCUGCUCAGCUGUUUGCUAGAUCCUGA